GCAUUAGUGGAAACCCGGCAGCCGAGGAAUAGCUAGCGUGCAAUACAGCUCACUGGAGCGCCGGCCAGCCCGCCCAGGACAGCGGCGGCCAGGACAGCCAAGCAGCAGCUGCAGCCGCCACCGACACCACUGUGGGGGCAGCAGAAAUGAUGAGCACGGUGCGCGGCUGAAGUUGACUAGCCCCUGGCCGCGCCCCUCUAAGAUUUAGAGUUGGCUGUGCCUGCUGUGGGGGGAAGGUGUCCGAUCUCAUUCCAGCCCCUGCUGCCACCCAGGUGUGUGCAGGACACCGAGUCCAAGGUGUAGAUCCUAAAAACUCCACGUGAACACUAAGGAGGGGGCAGAGAGGGCGGCACCUGGAGCCUUGCCAGGAGGUGGGGGCCCCAGUGGGGCGGGGACCCACCGGAAACUUUAUCCAAAUAAUUCUCCUUUUCUGCUUUCUCUCAUUGCAGCAGCUGCAACCGGAGGAGCCUCCUGUGCGGUGUGGGUGGGCAGUAAGAGCUUCCCCUGGAGACCCCCUCCAGAAAGAAGUGAGAGGGUGGGGAAGUUGUUUCUCCCACUCUGACUCCUGGGUGAGGAUCUACAGCCUAACGGGAAGAUUAUUGAUCUCUGGAUGCCCGGGACUUGGACCCUGAACCCCUGACAGCCGGGCGGAGGGGUGAAGUUUGGGGUUGUACGCUGCUGAUAUCAGGGCCACUAGCAUCCCCAGAGUCUCACGGAGAGAUGCCGAUGGGGGGCCUGCUGCCGGUGUUCAAUAGCCCUCCUGGGGGCGGGCUAGGAGGUGGGGUCGGCGGCGGUAGCAGUGGCUUGGGCAUCAGGAAGGUAGCCGGGCCGGGCGCUUUCCGUCUGACCGAGAAGUUCGUCUUGCUGCUGGUGUUCAGCGCUUUCAUCACGCUGUGUUUCGGAGCGAUCUUUUUCUUGCCGGAUUCUUCGAAGCUGCUCAGCGGGGUCUUCUUCCACUCCAAUUCGGCCCUCCCUCCAGCUUCCGACCACAAGCCGGGACUCGGCUUGGGCAGCAUCAAUGCAGGGGGAAAAGGGGAAGACGGAGGCGAAGGUGAGAGGGCAGCGGCAGCAGCUGCGGCCGCCGCGGCCGCGGACAAUUUGGCCAAGAUUCGAGAAGACCACGAGCGAGCCUUGAGAGAGGCCAAGGAGACGCUGCAGAAGUUGCCCGAGGAGAUUCAGAAAGAUAUUCUCCACGAGAAGGAGCAAGUUAUUCAAGACAAACUGCUCAAUAAAGAGAAUGCCGAUGGAUUGCCUCACCUGGACUUCCGCCCUCCUAUCGGGGCUAUAGGACGGGAACCCACAGACCCAGAUAUUCGUCAAAAGAGAGCAAAGAUCAAAGAGAUGAUGAAACAUGCUUGGGAUAAUUAUAAACUUUAUGCCUGGGGAUUAAAUGAACUGAAACCUAUAUCAAAAAAAGGACAUUCAAGUAGUUUAUUUGGUAACAUUCAAGGAGCAACAAUAGUUGAUGCCCUAGAUACUCUUUUUAUAAUGGAAAUGAAAGAUGAAUUCAAAGAAGCAAAAGAAUGGAUUGAAAAAAAUUUAGAUUUUAAUGUGGUAUCAAGACCAUAUUUGUAUCAUAAAAGGAGAUUGAAUGCGGAAAUUUCAGUUUUUGAAGUGAACAUACGUUUUGUUGGUGGACUUCUCUCAGCAUACUAUCUCACUGGAGAAGAGAUAUUUCGAAAGAAAGCAGUGGAACUUGGAGAAAAAUUACUUCCUGCAUUUCACACACCCUCUGGAAUACCUUGGGCAUUGCUGAAUUUGAAGAGUGGGAUUGGUCGAAAUUGGCCUUGGGCAUCUGGAGGAAGCAGUAUUCUGGCAGAAUUUGGAACCUUGCAUUUGGAGUUUGUACAUUUGAGCCAUUUAUCUGGGAAUCCAGUCUUUGCUGAAAAGGUGUUUGGAAUUCGAAAUGUUCUGAACACACUGGAUAAACCACAAGGCCUUUACCCCAACUAUCUAAAUCCCAGUAGUGGACAGUGGGGUCAACAUCAUGUAUCAGUUGGAGGACUAGGAGAUAGCUUUUAUGAAUAUUUGCUAAAGGCAUGGCUAAUGUCAGACAAGACAGAUUUAGAAGCUAAGAAAAUGUAUUUUGCAGCCGUUCAGGCCAUUGAGACUCAUUUAAUCCGGAAAUCCAGUGGUGGUCUGACCUACAUUGCAGAGUGGAAAGGUGGCCUUUUGGAACACAAAAUGGGUCACCUGACUUGUUUUGCUGGAGGCAUGUUUGCGCUUGGUGCUGCCUGGGCUUCUCCAGAGUUAACACAGCAUCACAUUGAACUUGGCGCUGAAAUUGCCCGCACAUGUUAUGAAUCAUACAACCGCACUGCAAUGAAACUGGGACCAGAAGCUUUCAGAUUUGAUGGUGGUGUGGAAGCCAUUGCUACAAGACAGAGUGAAAAAUACUAUAUCUUAAGACCUGAAGUGGUUGAGACUUAUAUGUACAUGUGGAGAUUAACCCAUGAUCCAAAGUAUAGGAAAUGGGCCUGGGAAGCUGUAGAGGCACUGGAAAAACACUGCCGGGUAGAUGGAGGCUAUUCUGGCCUCAGGGACGUUUAUCUAAAGCGAGAGAGUUAUGAUGAUGUACAGCAGAGUUUCUUCCUGGCAGAAACCCUAAAAUAUCUCUAUUUGCUGUUUUCUGAUGAUGAUCUCCUUCCACUGGAACAUUGGAUCUUUAAUACUGAGGCUCAUCUUCUACCAGUUCUCCACAAGAAUAAUCAGGAGGUGGAAGAAAAUCACAAAUAAAAAGAUUCUGAACAUAUUGUUUUGCUGCAUUCCUUUAAUUUUCCCACACACCUUAAAAAUUCCCUUCUAUUCCCAGCACAUUGCAAACUUUGAUUACAAUUGGUGUGGUUCUUCUGAGUUCUUAAACAAAUUGUUUUGCAGUCCAUUUUAUUUAAUAGGAAAUAUUUGUAAUUGGAUUUAAAUUCCUCAUUAUGUCUUCAGUUCAUCCAGUUAAUCUUCUUAAAAAAAAGAAAAAAGAAAUUUGCCAUCUCUGGAAUUUAUGAGGCUGUUGAGUCACUUUUGCCAAACUGAAUAAGUGGGUCUUAAGGUUUAAGGUGACCUGUUUACUACAAUUUUAAUUUGACUGCAAAAUUUUUUCCUCCUCUAUGAGGAGAUGAUGUCUGCUUUAAGCUGUAAUAUUUUGCCAUGUUGCAAAAAGCCAUAAUAAAUUAAUUAUUGAAACAGCUUUUUUUUUCUUUCCAAUUUCAUGUUAAUCUAGUUUGUUCACCCAAGAUGAAUCUUGUAAUUGUGACAGCCUCCUCUGAUGCGGGUCUAUCAUUAUUUGGUAGAAUGUCUUUUAAAAUACUUCACUCACAUUGUAAUCUAAAUAAAAAUCAACAGAGCUAUUAUCGUCCCAUGUUGAUCUCAUUCUCCUUAAGAGUUGCAGUAGAUUUUACUGUAACAAAAUUGCAUUGGUGUUUUUAAUUUGUGAAUUUUUCUCAAAUUUUGUUUUUAAAUGUACUGUAUUUGUUGCCAACUGGAUCAUUCCUUUCAUUUUCCAGCACAUCGUAGUAUCAAUUAUAAAGACAGCUUAGUAUGAGCAAAAUAAACCAUUUUCCAAGAGUCUGCUGUAAUGGAAUUAUUCUUUUAAAAAAGGGAAUAGAAAUAGAACACUAUUCAUUUUUGCUUUUGGUGGCAGUAUGAAGAAACAUGAUCAUUUAAAAAACAGAACAAGUGCUUCAUGUGAUUUUUGUUGUUGAUUUCUUUGCAAUUAAUUUCUGUGGUUUUUAUUUUUUUGUAUAACAUUCCAUUUAUUCUAGAUUGUGAACAAGACUCCACUCAAAUGCAGUAAAUUAUUUUAAUGUAGAUAAUGUGAGUGUUGGGUUUCAGCCUCAUUAAAGAAGAUUCUCAUUCUAAUAUUUAUUCCUGGUCAACUGACAGAAAAUCUAAACAAUCAGCUCCAAAGGAGUCAAACCCUUUAUAAUGUAGUAUUUCAAACAUCUCAACAUAUUGGCCCGAAUUUAUUGACGCGAUAUGUGUGUGUGUGCCAAAAACCUUAUCCAUAUUUUCUUUGUUUUAACCUGACCAGUCUCCCAAUGAACUAGGAAAGGAGCUGGCUGUAUUCUUUAACUUUGGGAAACAAAAGUACAUGAAAUCAACCAGUCCUCUCUCAGAUUUAAAUAGGAUAGAAAGACUGAUAUCAAUAGGUGUUCUAUAUCUAUAUACACUUAUAGAUAUAUAAUUGGAAUAUUACUGAAUGACUUUAACCAAGGAAACACCACUGGGAUGGUAAUGUGUUUUCUUUGACUUGGCAUAAUUUCUCUUGGAUCAAAUAUGUGCAAUCAUGUAUGUAUGUGUGCAUAGGCACGCACUAUUUUUAAAAUAAUUAGAAUCCUUUACAGUAAUAACUGUUAUCAGCCCUAGGUGGGUAAUAGGAUAUUCUGGUUGAUCAGUUAUUUAAAAUGAUAAUACAAUAAAUAUUUACUUAGAGAACUUAAGAAAAUUAACAUGAUUAGAUCAAUUUUCGAUUAGAAUAAAAUUAAAAUAGAGUUUAAUAGUGAUAAAAUUAACUUUUUUGGUGAUUCAGAAAGUACCUCAUAAAGAAUAUCAUUUUUCAUUGUGGUGAUAGGCAAAAGUCCUAAUUUAGGUCUGACAGAAGGACAGAUAACAGAGUUUACUGUACAUGAUAUUCCAUUAAAAUGAAUCUGAUUGAAUUCUCUUGUAUAUUGUAAUUAAAAUUUCUGUGUGUCAUUUAAAAGAAACAGAUUUCCCAGAAUAUGGAUUUUUCCAAGUGUGUUCCUAUCUAGAGCAAAGAGCCCUUUUUGCAGAAGGGGAUAUAUUUUUUCUCCUUUCCAUUGCAUUCUUCAAAUCACACUGUGAUCUAAUUUCAUUAAUAAUAUGAUUCCUAAAAGAAAACAGAUUAAAUUUUUAAUAGAUGGCACUUUUUUCUAGACAGAGGAAAAUAGUUUUGUUUUCACCAGGUGUUUUAGUAUCAUUGUUUCAUAUACAUCAGAGAAGUAGUCAGUAUAAUAAUACCUACAUACACUGAAAAGUUUUUAGCUAAAUUUUCGAUUCAAACUUGUCAAAUAUACCAGGACAAAGCCAUGUGCUUUAAAAGAAAAUGAAUAAAGCAGCUCAUUUUCUCAGGUCUAAUUAGACUUAAUGGAUUCAAUUAAUGUUGUUUAAUAUUAAAUGUUUCCAAAGACCUCCUUUGUCAGAAUCAUCUUUAUGUAGUCUACUACCUUUUUAUAUCUUCUACUUAUGGAUCAGAUAGGAAAUAUAUCAAUAAAUUAUUAUUGGUAUGAUAAUGUGUUUCUUAAACCUGAAAUAACUUUUAGGUAUAAUUUUAACUCUUUUAAUGAAACAAAUACACAUAAUUUAUUGUGGGAAGUGAAGCUAGGAGAUAAUGCAUGUAUUUUCUUUUUUUUUUCCUCCCAAGCCUUUAAGAUAUAUAGGCAGGACUGUUGCUAAAAUUGGGCCUUAUGUGUUUAGAUUCAAGUUCUCAUGUUAGUUUCCAUAGGAUGAGGAAAAUAAAUAAAUGUAUUUUCUUGAUUUCAAGUUUUGAUUUGAAAGCACAAAGCAGAUUUGUAUUUCUGCAACAGAUAGGGUAUUAAAUUCAGGUUGUAUGUAAAAACUGCACUAUAAUGUAUCUUUUGUAUCUUGGUGUAAGUAGACAAGAAGAUUGUAACACAUAAUGCUCUGCCAACGGCAAGGUUAACCUUUUGUAAAUUCUAGAACUUGGGUUUUUGAGAAAUCCCCAAACACCAAAAAUGUAUACAUGAUAAGGAAUUAAUAAAUGUUAUUGAAAUUUAGCUGGUAAUUCUUAGUUUUGAAAGUUUUCAAUGACUGAAAUCUUUAUGUAGACAUUGCCUUUCAUUCCUAUCUUCAGCAUCACAAUGCAGUUAAGUUUACAACGUUGAUAUUUUUAAAGGUGAAUAAUUUAAACAAUACCUAGUUUUGUUGUCAUGAGAUGUUUUCUUUUGGAUACAACUUGUGAAAUUAAUAUUGCUUAUAUCUGUUGUCUGGCAAAUCUACAAUGCCCAAUGAUGUUUGUGAUGAUUUCAUCAUGUGUUAGCCAUUUCUAUGCAUCGAUUGUGUUUUGAUUUGUAUAUAAAUCCAUUUAGUCUUUUUCCAAAUUUAUAUAAAUCUCUAAUGAUAUGAAAUACAUAAUAGAUCAAGACAUAAUUUUUAAGAGCUAUAUUUGUAAAAAUUUCUCUAUGGUGAAUAAAGUCUUUUAAUAUAC